AUGCCCCUAGCGCAGUUGGCGGACCCUUGGCAGAAGAUGGCUGUAGAGAGCACAGCCGAGAGCAGCACUGAGAAUGGACAGCAAAUUGUGGAUGAACCUAUGGGAGAAGAUGAAAUCAACCCACAAAGUGAAGAAGGAAACAUCAAGGAAAUUGCAAUAACUCACCACGUAAAGGAAGGACAUGAGAAAGCAGACCCUUCACAGUUUGAACUUCUGAAAGUACUAGGACAAGGAUCCUUUGGAAAGGUCUUUCUUGUCAAAAAAAUCUCAGGAUCAGAUGCUAGACAGCUUUAUGCAAUGAAGGUAUUGAAAAAGGCCACCUUGAAAGUUCGAGAUCGGGUUCGGACAAAAAUGGAGCGGGAUAUCCUAGUAGAAGUGAACCAUCCUUUUAUUGUCAAGUUACACUAUGCUUUUCAAACAGAAGGGAAGCUGUAUCUUAUUUUGGAUUUUCUCAGGGGAGGAGACUUGUUUACACGUUUAUCCAAAGAGGUGAUGUUCACGGAAGAUGAUGUUAAAUUUUACCUGGCAGAACUAGCACUUGCUUUAGAUCAUCUACAUAGUCUUGGAAUAAUAUACCGGGACCUAAAACCAGAAAACAUCCUGCUUGAUGAGGAAGGACAUAUCAAAUUGACAGACUUUGGCUUAAGUAAGGAAUCCAUUGAUCAUGAAAAGAAGGCCUACUCUUUCUGUGGAACCGUGGAAUACAUGGCACCAGAAGUUGUUAACAGACGAGGUCAUACACAGAGUGCAGACUGGUGGUCUUUUGGUGUUCUAAUGUUUGAAAUGCUCACUGGUACUCUACCUUUCCAAGGGAAAGACAGAAAAGAAACCAUGACUAUGAUUCUCAAGGCCAAACUUGGAAUGCCCCAGUUCUUGAGUCCUGAAGCACAAAGUCUUCUGCGAAUGCUCUUCAAAAGAAACCCAGCAAACAGAUUAGGAGCAGGUCCAGAUGGGGUUGAAGAAAUUAAGAGGCAUGCGUUCUUUUCCAAAAUAGAUUGGAAUAAAUUGUACAGGAGAGAAAUCCAUCCCCCUUUUAAACCUGCAACUGGCAGACCAGAAGAUACAUUUUAUUUUGACCCUGAGUUUACAGCAAAAACUCCAAAAGAUUCUCCUGGUAUCCCACCUAGUGCCAAUGCACAUCAGCUUUUCCGGGGAUUUAGUUUUGUAGCUAUUACAUCAGAUGAUGAAAGCCAAGCAAUGCAGACAGUUGGAGUGCAUUCAAUUGUCCAGCAGUUGCACAGGAACAGCAUCCAGUUUACUGAUGGAUAUGAAGUAAAGGAAGAUAUUGGAGUUGGAUCUUACUCCAUCUGCAAGAGGUGUAUUCAUAAAGCUUCCAACAUGGAAUAUGCUGUGAAGAUUAUUGACAAGAGUAAAAGAGAUCCAACGGAGGAGAUUGAAAUCUUACUGCGCUAUGGACAGCAUCCAAAUAUUAUUACCCUAAAAGAUGUGUAUGAUGAUGGAAAAUAUGUCUAUGUAGUAACAGAACUUAUGAAGGGAGGAGAACUGCUGGAUAAAAUUCUUAGGCAAAAAUUUUUCUCAGAAAGAGAAGCCAGUGCAGUGCUCUUCACAAUAACCAAAACAGUUGAAUAUCUCCAUGCACAAGGGGUUGUUCACAGAGACCUGAAGCCUAGCAAUAUUCUUUAUGUUGAUGAAUCUGGGAAUCCAGAAUCGAUUAGAAUUUGUGACUUUGGCUUUGCAAAACAACUCCGAGCAGAAAACGGUCUCCUGAUGACUCCAUGUUACACAGCAAAUUUUGUGGCACCAGAGGUUUUGAAGAGACAAGGUUAUGAUGCUGCAUGUGACAUAUGGAGCCUUGGGGUUCUGCUUUACACCAUGCUUACUGGCUACACUCCUUUUGCAAAUGGUCCUGAUGACACUCCAGAGGAGAUUUUGGCCCGGAUAGGUAGUGGAAAGUUCUCUCUCAGCGGUGGUUAUUGGAACACUGUUUCAGAUACAGCUAAGGACCUCGUUUCAAAAAUGCUUCAUGUUGACCCACAUCAAAGACUGACUGCAGCCCAAGUUCUUAGUCACCCCUGGAUAGUUCACUGUGACCAGCUGCCUCAAUACCAGCUGAACAGGCAGGAUGCUCCCCAUUUAGUGAAGGGUGCAAUGGCAGCAACUUACUCUGCUUUGAAUCGUAAUCAGUCACCAGUUCUGGAGCCUGUUGGCCGCUCCACCCUUGCUCAGAGGAGAGGGAUAAAAAAGAUCACCUCAACAGCCCUGUGA